AUGACAGAAUGUCAUAUCCUGCCGUUCUACACCGCAAAAAAUGGACGUGCCGAUGAGCUGCCGGCACUCGACCUCAACAGCCACGAAAUGGUGUUCAGAGGAACACUGCUGGUCAGAACCGAGCUGAAGGCCAUCAACGCAUACAUAAACGGAGAGCAAAUGGUGAGUGUGGUUUUAUGGCGGCCUAAAUUUGCGCAAAGCGUGUUGGAGAAAGAGUUAGAGGUCAUUGAUGAGCACACUGCUAUGGUGGAUACAAAGUGCAAAAAGACGGGCACCCGGUGCAAAGACCUGAGAGAACUUUUUGGAACAAAGCGGAAAUAACACGGGGUGUGCAUUUGGGAUGACCAGCGGAAAUAGGCCUGUCGAAAGCACGCAGCAACAUUUAUCCAUUCAUUAAAAGUACACUUAACCACCC